AUUAGGAACGAAUAAUAUCUAUUAAUCUCGAAAGUAUAGUUAUUAAUUAAUAAAUAAGAUACAUAUAUAUAAUAUAUAUAUUACAUAUCUAUGUAUUUAUAAUUAAAACAGUACAAACAAACUUAACCUCAAAGUUAGGUAAAAGUUUCAAAUAUAUGUAUAUAUUAAAAAAGAUUAGGAGAGAUAUUCAACAUGCAUGGCAGAGUAAAAGUUCAAACAACUGCAGAACAGGAAGCAUUGAAGAAGAAGGAAAGAGCUGAAAAACUUUCACGUUAUAGAAUUGGCAUGAGUAUUGUGUUUAAGAAAAGAAACGAUAAGAUUUAUGAUGAAGAAUUAAUGACGGUUACUGAACGUAUGGUAAAGCAAAAUCCAGAUAUUUAUACUUUAUGGAAUAUUCGUAGAGAGGCAUUUACAAAUAAUGAUUGGGAUGAAAAUCUUUUGCAAGAGUAUUAUCAAAAUGAAUUAAAACUUACUGAAGAUUGUUUAAAACAAAAUCCUAAAUCUUACUGGGUAUGGUAUCAACGAAUAUGGAUUAUGAAUCAUUUAGUAAAAUGUGAUUGGAAAAGGGAACUAAUGUUAUGCACCAAGUAUUUAAAUUUGGAUGACAGAAAUUUUCAUUGUUGGAAUUAUAGGGAAUUUGUUGUACAAAAAGCACGAAUUUCUCCUGAAGAAGAAUUUGAAUUUGCCACCUCAAAGAUUCUAAAUAAUUUCUCUAAUUAUUCUUCCUGGCAUUACAGGAGUUUAUUGUUAUCAAAAAUAUUUCAUAAUUCUGACCAAAACAAUAUUGAUGAAAAAAAGAAACAAGAAUUAGAUUUGGUCAUGAAUGCCACAUUCACAGAUCCUAGUGAUACUAGUGCUUGGUUCUACCAAAGAUGGUUAUUAGAUACCCAUGAAUGUCUUCCUAUUCUUUCUCAAGCAUUAAUACAAGAUAGUAAUGUGAUCGUUUUUGCUAAUAAAAAUAUACUAGCCGAGUCAAUAUGUCUACAAAUAAAUAAUGAAAAUGAGAACGUUCAAUGGAAAUCUUUAUAUGAAACAAAGAUUUCGAAAUUGUGGUUUGGAAAAUUUAAAAAACAGUUAAAUGAAGCAAAGAAUGUUCAGAUAGAAAUUGAAGGAAUACUUUAUCCUUUACUCUGUGUUAAUCAGAAAUGGAUAUAUAGAAAAAGGAAAUAUAAAUCCUGUUCUAAUAAAGUUCAAUUAUUAGAACAAUUAUCAAGUUACAAACAACUUGUAGAAAUGGAACCUAAUAAUAAAUGGGGUUAUUUAACCAGUAUUCUUUUAAUGAAAAAAAUCGAUUUUAUACAGUUUUAUGAAAAUAUUUUAACAAAUUUGAAUGUUCUUGUUAGUAUUGAUUCUCUUCGGUCUAAUUAUUAUAAAGAUUUACGGAGCAAAUACAUAAUUGAAUACAAAAUAUCUGAAUUAUGGAAUAUAGAAGAAGAUCAAGAAACAGAAAUAGAAAUUGAUCUUUCUGGAUUAAAUUUAACCACACUCAGCAAUAACGAAUAUCUCAGUUUCUUUGAGCAAAUAAAUCUUAGUGCAAAUUAUUUAUCACAUUCCUUAAAUCAAUUAUCUUUACUCCAAAGUUGUAGAAAAUUGUCACUUUCAAGCAAUCAAGUUGAAAAUUUAAAAGAGUUUCCUAUGUUACAGAAUCUUGAAGUUUUAUCAUUAAGAAAUAAUAAAUUAAAUAAUUUAGAAGAAAUAUUACAAUUACUAACAAAACAUAAAUUAAAGUUACUUGAUUUAAGAGAAAAUCCAAUCUGUAAUAUUAAAGAAUUAGAAAAUAGUAUUAUAGAAAUCAAUCCAGAUUUACAACUAUAUGUAGAGUGAUUUUCAUAAUACACAUAUUAAUAAUAAGAUAUUGUCCAGCAUAGGUAUAUAAAUAAAAAUUUAAAGUCUGGUUAUAUGGGAAAAAUAAAACUACUUAUUUAUUUUUUUU